AUGAGCUUGCCUCCGGCUCAGCCAGCUUACAUCCUGCGUGGCCACGUCUCUCAAAUCCACUCCACAGCUUUCAUACGAUACAACCGCCGGCUCGUGACUGCUGACGCGGAUGGAUGGAUUGUGAUCUGGAGUCUGGCGACCAAGAGACCGACUGCUGUCUGGAGAGCUCAUGGGGCUGCCGUUCUUGCGGUCCGGGCUUGGGGGUCCGAAAAGAUUAUCACACACGGCAAAGACAACAAGCUCAUUGUAUGGAAACUCUCUGAAGAAGACGAAGAAUCCAUGAGCAAAGUCCUCCCCGUCGAAACACCACCCGUACCACGCAAAGAACCAUGGCUUCUUCACGUCCUCUACGUCAACACCAUGAACUUCUGCUCGUUCGCCCAAUGGUCCCUACUAAGAUCCGAUGCAGAACUUUUACUAGCGGUACCCAACACGCUCAGCUCCGAGACCGUUGAUAUCUUCCACUUACCGUCCUCCAAACGCAUCCACAUGGUACCCAAUCCUCCGUCUCUGAAGGGCGGCAUGGUGAUGGCUGUAUCAAUCUUCGAACAUGCCCAGACAGGCCUUCUGACCGUCGUGGCCGGCUACGAAAGCGGCCACACAACAGUCUCUCAGUUCUCAGAAGCAACAUGGAAACCUCUCUACAUAUCCCAAGCUCACGCGCAACCCAUUCUCUCCCUCGAUGUCUCUUCUGCGAAAGAUUUCUACCUCACGUCCUCCGCCGACGCCAUUAUCGCCCAACACCCUAUCCCUUGUGCAGCCGAAAAGAUCACGAUGGCUGUCGAGAAUAUGCCCUUGAAGACUCUCCAAACAAGGCAUUCUGGCCAGCAGGGUCUGGUGAUCCGCAAUGACGGGAAGGUGUUUGCGACUGCGGGGUGGGACUCGAGAGUUCGAGUCUACUCUGUGAAGGCAUUCAAGGAGCUGGCGGUGCUGAAGUGGCAUAAGGAAGGGUGUUACUCAGUCGCAUUUUCCGACGUGGAGUCUGAGGCUGUGAGGGAGAAGGAUACGGGGGAAGAAAGCAUGGAUUUAGCCCGGAGGGAAGGUGCCCUGACCGUGAAAGAGGAGAGGCUGUGGAAGGCUCAAACGGCGCACUGGCUCGCUGCUGGGAGUAAGGACGGGAAGGUCAGCCUGUGGGACAUCUAUUAA